CAACGAAGUUCACGUAGCACACGGCACAGACUAUAUUUUUUCCCUUUCAGGACAAGACAACUUUAAUUUUCUCACGAUGGUCUCGUGAAAUUCUCCGGGAAAGCAUAUGCAAGAAGAUUGGACGGUUUGGGAGAAUAUGCUGCUGCUACCAGUGAAAUGAAAUCGAUCAAAGUGUCCAUUGGAAUUUUCUUUGCUUGAUUUUGUCGGGAGAAGUGAACUUUUUUUUACCUCUGUAAGUGAACUUUAGUUCGAUUGCAUGAUUAGUUUUUUUAUCUGGGGAUACUAUCCUGUUUGGUUUUGGAGAAAUUGGUGUGGGAAGAACAUGUUUUAUAUGACUUAUAUUUUCUAGUUUGGGGUUGAAUUGGUACUAUACUAGGUUGCUUGUUCUUUUUUGAGCUUUUUAUGAUUUUCAGGUAAUCAAGCAAUGUUGGGUUUUGCUUAUUUGAUUUGGUAGUUAACUAGUGAUAUAUUUCUGAUGGAUCAAACAGUGAAUUUUAUGAAAUAAACAUUGAUUUUCUCUUUACUCGUCUGCUUGGUGUCUAAUUAGAAUUGUGAUCCAAGAGAGUUCCUGAAGAUAGAAACUGAAUUGGCCAGAGGUCCUAUGGUGAAUUGGGUUAUUUAUGUGAGUUUGCUUUUUCUGUUUGGAUGCCAAAAUGAUGCUGUCAAAAAUUGGGUCUACAAAUAGUGAUGGUGAUGGAAAUUCAAAUAAUGGUCAGCUGUUGCGUGACAUAGAGGCAAUAAGCCAAGCCCUUUACCUCCAGAAAGCCCCACGAAAGGCUUUAAUCUCUUCAUCCAGUGCUCGAUCUAAAUCAGCUGAGAGACCUAGAUUAUCAGAAUCAAAAUCUAGUCUGAACCCAAGGACUUAUGAUGCAAAUGUUUCUAUCAAAGACAAGAAAUCAUCAUCAUCAGUUUGGAACUGGAAGAAGCCUUUAAAGGCUUUAGCCCAUAUUCGUCAUCAAAAGUUCAAUGUCUGUUUCUUUCUGCAUGUGCAUUCAAUUGAAGGGUUGCCUUCAAGUUUUGAUGACAUGAAGUUGUCUGUGAAUUGGAAGAGGAAAGAUGAACUUUUGCAGACCCGUCCAUCAAGGGUUCUGAAAGGAAUUGUUGAAUUUGAUGAGACUUUGAUGCAUACAUGUUGUGUAUAUGGUAGCAGAAGUGGAACCCACCAUUCAGCAAAGUACGAAGUGAAACUUUUCUCGAUUUAUGUAUCUGUAAUUGGGGCUCUGGGUGUUGAUAUGGGGAAACAAUGGGUAGAUCUCACAAGGCUGUUGCCACUUACUUUGGAGGAACUAGAGGGAGAGAAAAGCACUGGUAAGUGGACCACAAGCUUUAAACUUGCAGGCAAGGCUAUGGGUGCUACUCUAAAUGUUAGUUUAGGUUUCCAUAUACUCAGGGACAGUUUAAUCGAAACUGCAAGGAAUAUGAAUGUCUUGGAGCUUGUGAACAUGGUGCACGGUCGGUCAUGUACAGUAGAGCAAAUAACAGGUGUCAGACAAACCAACAGUAAUGAGAUGCUUCAACGGGUGGGAAGUGUUCCUAGCCAUUUAAACCAGUCUCAUCUCUCUUCUCAAUCUGUCAAUGUAAAAAUUUGUGAUGAAAUAUCACCAAACCUAGGGUUGGAACUCUCAAAGUCAAUAAGCUUUCUAUAUCAGAAACUUGAUGAGGCAAAUUUGCACAAUUCAGAAGAGUUUCAUGCUUUCUCUGAACAUCUGCAGCCACUUAAACUAAAGCCUGAUUUGGAGUUGGAGUCUGACAAAGAUAUUGGUGGAAAUGAGUACUAUUGCACUGAGUUUACUGUCAUUGAAAAGGGAAUAGAAAUGUCUGAAAAGGAAGACUUGAAAUCAGAAGAGAGCAAUGUUCAGUUUGUCGAUGCUCUCGAAAUUGAAACUGUUGAUGUGAAUGAAAUUAUUAAAGAUGAUGAUAUAGAGCUUGAUGGGAAGACAAAGUUUCAUUCAAAGGAUAGUGUCUCAAGUAACUGUUUGGAUGGAGUUUUGGUGGAUGACUGCAAACAUGAAAUUAGUAGUAUUUGUAAAAAAGGAUCUAGCAUGGAAGAUCUGGAGUUAGCUUUUAAUAGAUUUUUUACUUCAGAAUCUACAGAACUAGAAUCCCCACUUGCUAAAAGUGAGAUUUUACAGCAGGAGAAUUACAUGGAUACUAAAGUCAGUUAUAAGGCCCAUAAUGCAGUGAAUAAAUAUCUCAGCUUGGAUGAAGUCACUGAAUCUGUGGCAAGUGAUUUCUUAAAUAUGCUGGGUAUUGAGCACAGUCCCUUUGGUUCAUCUUCAGAUUGCGAUCCGGAGUCUCCUAGAGAGCGUCUGUUAAGAGAGUUUGAAGAAGAGGCCAUAGCUUCAGGCAACUUUAUUGUUGAAUAUGAUGGACAUGGAAAGCAUGAAGAAUUUGGCUGCAUUGCUUCGCUAGCAUCUGAUUGUGGGGAUCUAUCUGCAGAUUUUGAUUUAUGUGUGGCUAUUCAGGCUGCUGAAGAGGAGCACCAGAGGGAAAAUCAAUUACUAAGUAGAAGGAAGGCCAAAUUGCUUGAAGAUUUGGAGACUGAAGCUUUAAUGAACCAAUGGGGCUUAAAUGAGGAAGCCUUUCAGAGUUCUCCACGUUAUUGCUCUGAUGGAUUUGGGAGUCCUGUUGAGCUUCUUCCUGAGGAGCCAGUUGAAUUACCUCCACUUGGAGAUGGCUUUGGACCUUUUGUCCAGACGAAGGAUGGGGGCUACCUGCGGUCUAUGAAUCCUUCUCUUUUCAAAACUUCUAAAAAUGUUGGGAGCUUGAUCAUGCAAGUGUCCCGUCCAGUUGUACUACCUGUAGAAAUGGGAUCUGAUAUUAUUGAGAUAUUACAGCAUUUGGCAUCAAUAGGAAUUGAGAGGCUAUCCCAGCAGGCAAAUAAAUUAAUGCCCUUGGAGGAUAUCACUGGGAAGACAUUGCAUCAAAUAGCACAGGAUACUACACCUGGAGUUGCUGUGCCUGUGAGGCGUGCUCCCUCGUGUCCUGAAUCCUUGCUUGGUAAAGAAGCAAUCUUGCAUGUUGAGAUGGGUUCAGACUAUGUCACUCUUGAAAAUCUCGCUCCUUUGGCAGUGGAUAAAAUUGAAACUAUGUCAAUUGAAGGGUUGAAAAUCCAGUCUGGCAUGGCUGAGGAGGAGGCACCAUCAAGCGUUUUUCCCCAGUCUUUUGAAGGUAAGAGUGCCAGUCUUAGUUGGUUCCUAAGUAUGGAAGGGGUUGCAGAAUUGCAAGAACUUGAUGGCAGAGAUGUUGAUGGUUUAUUUGAUCUUUCUAUAACAUUGGAGGAAUGGUUAAGGCUUGAUGGUGGAGUCAUUGGCAAUGAAGAUCAAGUUAGUGAACGCACACUAAAGAUACUUGCAGCCCAUCAUGCGAGGUGUAUGGACUUGGUCAAUGGUAAAUUGACAAGAGAGAAUUAUUGGAAUAAAGCAGCUGGGAGAAAGCAAGGUUUAUUGGGGAACAACCUGACUGUGGCUCAAAUGGUGUUGCUCAGAGAUCCUUUUCGAAACUAUGAGCCAGUUGGUGCCUCAAUGCUUGCUAUAGUUCAGGUGGAGAGAUCCUUUUUCUGUCUUAAGCCAAUAGCAAAUGGUACGGUGCUAGAAAGAAGAAGCAAUGAAGAAGAAGAUACAAAUGACAAUAUAUUGGAAGAGGAGGAAACUUCCAUUGGGUUUAAAAUUACCGAAGUUCAUCUUUCAGGGUUGAAUGCUGAACCUGGGAAGAAACAACAUUGGGGUACUAAAACGCAGCAACAGUAUGGAAUCCGUUGGCUGCUUGCAAGUGGCAUGUCCAAGUCCUCAAAGCAUCCAUUUUCAAAAUCAAAGGCCAUGGUAGUGUCGUCACCGCAUCUAUUGAGAAAGAUGCAGAACAAUGAUUGCUUGUGGAGCAUAAGCUCUCAAGCUAGUUCUCCAGAAAGUAAGUGGAAGGAGUUGACGGGAUUUGUACCACAUAUACGAAAUCCCAAUGUCAUCUUUUCUAAAUGAAAGCAUGCUAAUUUUUCACUGAUCAUAUUGAGGUUUACAGGGUACACGUUUCUAUUUCUUGAGUGAACAAAGCAUACAUGUAGAUUUUGUUCUGUAUUGAAAGGCUGUGUAUAGCUUGCUAGUGCCACAGAUUAGAUGAAUUAUGUAAUCAGGUUGGUCCUGAGGAUCAAGUAAAAUGUCAGAUCAAAGCUAGUAAUUGUAUUUUUGUUUACAUGCUGUGCAGAGGCAAUAAAUUAAUGAAUUUUUUUAAGGCCAAA